AUGGCAGCAUCGAGAGCGGUCUCGUCACAGAGACUUUGCUCUAGGUACAGACGAUUUUUCUUUGUAGCCUCUUGUAUGCUGGCUACACAGCUGUUCCUGGCAUUUAGCUUUUAUAGUACUUAUCAAAAGGACGCGGCGAGCGACCGUCGGACGAAGUAUGAACCGAGCUGGGACUCAGAAACUGGUUUUGAAUCUCGUGGGCUGGCUGAUAGCUCGGUGAGCGCUGUGAAGGCCCUUCCAGCAGGCUACAAUGUGAGAAAUGUGCAGCAUCUGCGAGACAAUGGUCCAAACGGACCAGAUAAGAACACAGAGAAUGUGAUAAAGACUUAUAAACCACGAUGUAACAUAUCCACCCCAGAGGCAGUCUCUGCCCUUUCCCGUGCCAAAACAGCGGAGUGUAAACAAGAGAUUGCUGAUAUUGUGUGUCAGGCUCAGGCAGGAACUCUCUACCCCAAGUCUCUACCAAGGUUCUGUCCUCUUAAAGCUAACAACACAGGGGAGUACAAAGGCUGUUUCCAAGACAGUUAUAAAAAUCGUGACUUGACAGGGCAUCAUGCUGAUUUCCCAUUGGACAAUUCCCCGACAAAGUGUGCUAUGUUCUGUCUUCAGGCAGGAUUCAAGUACGCUGGAGUCCAGUAUGGGAGGGAAUGUUGGUGUGGUGACACUUACGGUAACCAUGGCAGCCUGCCCGAGGGGAAGUGUUCAAGUCUUUGUCCUCAUGAUAUCAGAGAGCAAUGUGGAGGACAUCUGGCCAUGAGGGUGUUCAGUACCGGGCUAGGCCAGAAAAUCAAACAUGGCUCUCACUUUGUGAAAGGCGGUGGAACCCAUCCUGUCAAUGCUGUCAGAAUAGCAUAUGUUCUCACCUUUAAUGGGAGAGCACUCCGUCAAGUGCUGCGACUCUUCAAGGCUAUCUUCCAUGUCAACCAUUACUACCUCAUCCAUGUAGAUGUUCGUCAAGAAUAUUUGCAUCGAGAGUUGUCCCGUCUACUGUCUGUAUAUCCGAAUGUGAGGAUAUCUCAGAAACGCUUCGCCACCAUUUGGGGAGGGGCAAGUCUGUUAACCAUGUUACUACACUGUAUGAAGGAGCUGCUGGAUAUCAAAGAGUGGAAAUGGGACUACUUUGUUAACCUCAGCGAAUCAGACUUCCCCAUACAGACAGACUCCAACUUAGUGGCAUUUUUAACAAAUUAUCGUGGUUUUAAUUUUCUAAGAUCUCAUGGGAGAGAUACUCCAAGGUUUAUAAAGAAGCAGGGUUUAGACAAGACGUUUUACCAGUGUGAGAAUCGCAUGUGGAGGCUGGGAUCUCGCACACUGCCCACUGGGAUCCGCAUGGAUGGGGGCAGUGACUGGGUGGGCCUCCAUAGGGACUUCUGUCAGUACAUUACUACCUCAACAGAUGAGCUGGUUACUCAGCUCAGGCAUCUCUAUAGCUUUGCUCUCCUGCCAGCGGAGUCUUUCUUCCAUACAGUGUUACAGAAUAGCAAAUUUUGUGAGUUUGUGAUUGACAACAAUCUUCACCUCACCAACUGGCGCAGGAAACAAGGUUGCAAAUGUCAGUAUAAACAUAUUGUCGACUGGUGUGGGUGCUCUCCUAAUGAUUUUAAACCAGAAGACUUUGAAAAGAUAUUGUCAAUGAAGCAGAAACCCAUAUUUUUUGCCCGAAAAUUUGAGGCCAUAGUAAAUCAGGAGAUCAUCAAUGAUGUAGAUGCUUAUCUGUAUGGAGCUUAUGCCUCUGACACCCUUGGCUUGAACAGCUACUGGCAGAAUGAGUAUCAUCACCUUGACCAGCCAUCAAACACCAAAGAUUCCCAUCUCACCUUCUACCAUUCCUUCAUGAGGCUGGCCUUGAGGGACCUAGGCUCAGGGAGCAGUCAGUGUAACUUCCGCCCAGUCAAGCUUCUCCAGGUCACCUUGUUCACAGAGUCCAAUCAUUUCCAUGGCCUGCUGGUCAUGUUCCAGGCCGAGCUUCUCAGCACAGGCAAAAUGUACACUCUAGAGAGCCAUCUUCACCCUGUCCAUAUUUACAGAGUGUUAAGCCCCACGGGGCCCAUAGGGCGUCUCAAGACACUACAGGUAGGAGAAAACUUUGAUCCAAAGGAGAGAUUGUUCCGGAACUUUGGUGGCCUGUUAGGACCAUACAGUGAUGUGGUGCUUAAGCACGUGUGGGGGGAGGGGGAGCCGUACACAUUGUCUGUGGCCUGGGUAGACCCAGCCAAGACUGUGGCUGCCUCCUAUGAUGUGGAUCUUGUAGCUGGUGCAAACACAGCCAGCCAAAAGCCAGACCUUCAGAAGCCCCUUAGGCCAGGGGUGUGGACUGUGAAGGUCAUGUACAAGUGGCAGGUCGUUGCUGAGACCUGCUUUCUAGUCGUGCCUCUGACGGUGUAUAAGGGACGUGCCAUCUCUGUCGUGGAGGCGGCCUUGACCCACAACGGGCCCUCGGGACUUUACGCGGGUCGGGAUUUCUCAGACUUUGUCACAGUGCUUCAGCUGGAUGAUGUAGACACAGCCAAACACAUGGCUGGAGAGAAUGCCAGGAAAGCUGGCAAAGACUUGGAGGUGUGGGUGGACAGUUUGGUAGGGGAGCUGUGGCGAGUGGAGGGGAGCUGUUCUGAAGGCGGGGUCCUGGACCCAUGCCCAUACCUGGACCAGUGCGAGGCCACCUCGUGGAGCUCUCUGUCGCCCGAUCCCAAGUCAGAACUCACACCUGUUAACAAACUCCUGGGUAGAAUCAGAUAACACAUACUUCAUCCUAUAGUUCAUAUAUUCAUUGAUAGUCUUAUUUUGUGA